AUGGCAGCUGUCUUGGACCUCUCCUUCAUGUACCGCUGGUUCAAGAACUGCAGUCUGGUCCGCAACCUCUCAGACAAGUACGUCUUCAUCACAGGCUGUGACUCGGGCUUCGGGAACCUCCUGGCCAGGCAGCUGGUUGAUCGGGGCAUGCAGGUGCUGGCUGCUUGCUUCACUGAGGAGGGGGCCCAGAAGCUUCAGCAAGACACUUCCUAUCGGCUGCAGACCACCCUAUUGGAUGUCACCAAGACAGAGAGCAUCAAAGCAGCAGCCCAGUGGGUGAGGGACCAAGUGGGUGAACAAGGCCUCUGGGCCCUGGUGAACAAUGCUGGUGUGGGCCUGCCCAGUGGUCCCAAUGAAUGGCUGACCAAGGAGGACUUUGUGAAGGUGAUCAACGUGAACCUGGUGGGACUGAUUGAAGUGACCCUCCAUAUGCUGCCCAUGGUCAAGAAAGCCCGGGGCAGGGUUGUCAACAUGUCCAGCUGUGGGGGCCGUGUGGCUGUCAUUGGUGGAGGCUACUGCGUCUCCAAGUUUGGUGUUGAGGCUUUCUCUGACAGCAUCAGGCGUGAGCUCCACUACUUCGGGGUGAAAGUCAGCAUCAUCGAGCCGGGGAACUACCGGACAGCCAUUCUGGGCAAGGAGGGCCUGGAGAGGCGCAUGCGCGAGCUGUGGGAGCGUCUGCCUCCGGAAACCCGCGAGAGCUAUGGAGAGGAGUACUUCCGGAUCUAUACUGACAACUUAAAGAGCACAAUGCAGUUAGCAGAGCCAAGGAUCAGCGAAGUCACCAACAGCAUGGAGCACGCCAUCGUUUCCCGGAGCCCUCGCAUCCGUUACAACCCUGGCCUGGAUGCCAAACUCCUGUACCUCCCCUUGGCUAAGUUUCCCACCCCUGUGACAGAUUUCAUCCUGAGCCGGUACCUUCCAAGGCCAGCAGACAGUGUCUAAGCUGGGGAAGCUCGGGGUGAUCAGUGGAGUGUAGGGGAGGGGGUGAGAGAAGCCACCAUCAGGUCACAAGAAGAGGGAUCAGAUGUUCUGGGGGCACUUUGCUUAGCUGACACCCUGCCUGCUGCUGGCAAAUUUAUGGGUAACUUCUAACAGAAGAUACAUGCCUCUUCUCACUCACUGGGGCCCACAGAAACUUGAGGUGGCCUUUGCAGGUUCAAAGAGCUAUAUAGCAUGAGGACUCCCUGGUGGUUAAAACUGCACUUUCAAUGCAGGGGGUGCAGGUUUGAUCCCUGGUCAGGGAGCUAAGAUCCCACAUGCCACACAAUGUGGCCAAAAAGUAAAAUUUUUAAAAAAAAUUGCUUAAAGACCUAUAGCAUGGCUCCAAGAACAUCUAUUUCCCAGUCAGGAUAUGACUUUUCUUGACCUGGAAGAGUCAGGGAAAGGAAAACUAGCUCCUGCUGAAUCAUGAGCCUCCCUCAGUUAUCACCACCACUGGGAAACUUUGUGGGAUACUGUAGCCGACAGGAAAACCCAACCACUUUCCUCUUGUGUCUCUAAAUAUGCAUUAGCCUUAUUUACAUAGCCCUUUAUUUAAAGUAUGUAUUAGGACAGACACAAAGUGCAAGA